UAAAUAUGAACCUGUAAUAGUGGAUUUUCCCGAUAGCGCCUCGGCUGAUAAUAAAAAUAAUAGAAAAACAACGACUAGAAAUUACGUGAUUGUUUUCAUGAGUGUUUGAUUUGGUUUCAUCUUAGAAGUGAUUCAAAAGGUUUGGAGGUUUCCAUCCCCUAAUGACGUUCAUUGGACUACGUGUGGUCAGAGGUCCAGGCUGGACUUCUGGGACUGAAGACGGAGGUGAAGGCUGUGUUGGAACAUUGAGUGAACUUGAUCUGACAGAAGUGACUGUUGUCUGGGACAAUGGAACCCGGAAGUCGUACAAGGGUGGACGGAACAAUGUUUAUGACUUGUUAAUUUUUGAUAAUGCUCAAAUUUGUGUGGAACAUCCAACGGUGACAUGUGAUGGCUGUGGGGAAGACAGAAUCAAAGGAACUCGCUGGAAGUGUGGUAUCUGCCAAGACUUUGACCUGUGCUCAGCCUGUUACAACCAAGACAAACAUGACCUAUCUCAUUACUUCCUGCGAUUUGACAAGUCUUCCACUUCUAGUGUUAAAGUCACACCAAGACAGGACAUUAAAAAACAGAAAUGCCAGGCUAAAGGUAUUUUUAAAGGUGCUACAGUCACCAGAGGAUCAUACUGGAGAUGGGAAGCCCAAGAUGGAGGUGAAGGUUCAAAGGGCACAGUUGUUGACAUUACAGACUGGGAGCCUUCAUUCCGAACUAAGGUUGAAGUGAAAUGGUCCAAUGGGUCGAGUUACAAUUACAGAGUGGGACAUAAAGGCAAAGUAGACUUGAAAUGUGUUCAGCCAGCCUCAGGUGGUUGCUAUUAUAAAAGUCAUUUGGCCUUGGUAGACGUGAAAGAUGCCGUUGAAACAGACGAGGAGUCAUCUGAGGACGAAUCGAUUUCUUUUCUCGCUCGUACCUUACUGCAUGAACACAUCCUGAGAUCUCUAGAUGCUGCAGUAAGUGAAGGGAUUCCUGACAUGUUGACUGCCAUGAGAGAAGUUGUGUCAUCGAGCGAAGAGACCAUUAAACCAGGACUUCGAGUGGUUCGAGGUCCAGACUGGAAAUGGACCGACCAAGAUGGCGGUGAAGGCAAUGUAGGAACUGUGUCAGAGGUAGGAAGCUCUGAACCCGAAACACCCAGGGAGAACUGUGUCGUUGUCACUUGGGACACUGGAUCUCGAGCUGUUUAUAGAGUGGGCGAGAACAAUUCUUAUGAUCUACGUGUUCUGGACAGCGGACCAACUGGGGUAAAGCAUGACAGUAUAAGCUGUGACUCGUGUCACGUGACUCCAUUACAAGGUAUUCGCUGGAAGUGUGUUUCAUGUUUCAACUUUGACCUUUGUUCUUCCUGCUACUAUCAUAAUGAGCAUGAUAUAACCCAUGUCUUCUGGAGAUAUGCCAACUCAACCAAUAAGAGGUUCAAAGUUCCCCGACGCUGUGACAGUGAACAGACUUUGAUGAAAGGGAUAUUUGUUGAUGCUGUAGUUUGUCGUGGUCCUAACUGGAAGUGGAAAGAUCAAGAUGCUGGCAGUGUAGCGAAUGGCGUUGUUUUGAGCAUCAAGUCCUGGGACGCUACAGAUACAGCCAACAGUGCUGCUGAAGUAUUGUGGGCCAAUGAAAAGACAAACACUUACCGUGUUGGUUACCAGGGAAACGUGGAUCUAAAGGUGGUCUCUUCUUCAAGCGGAGGAUAUUACUAUCCAGAUCACUUGCCUAUAUUAGGUAAAGUGGAGGUCUCUCCAUGUGAACUUAAUGUCGGGGAUACAGUCAGAUGUUGUUACGAUGCUGACCUGGUCAAGUUGUUACAAAAUGGCCAUGGAGGUUGGAAUGAGGACAUGAGAAAGUAUGUAUGUUUGAAUGGUGUAGUAGAUAAAAUAUUCAGCUACAAUGCUGCCAUUGUGAAAUAUGGAGAUGGAAAAAGAUGGUGUUUUAAUCAAGAUGCCCUAAGCAAGGUUAAUAGCCUAACCAGUGUCACUUGCAGCCCAAUGGAUUCCUCUGUGGUUAGAAAAGUGAUAGAAUUAGGCUUUGACCGGCGGACUAUUGAAGAUGUUACGUUGAAACAGUUUUCAGAAGGCCGUGGCUAUUUUAGUACCGUGGAAGAUCUAAUGGACAAAGUUUUAGAGACGCAACAACAGAGGUCAGCGUCUAGUGGCAUGGAGCAAUCUACCAGUGAAGUCGUCAUAAGUGAAAAUCAAAAGGCUGAUGUCACUUUGGGCUCUAUAUUGACGUCUGAUAGAGUCAAUGCAUCAGAAACGCUCAGUGAGAACCAGAGGCUUGCAGAAGAGAAUCGCCAGCUCAAAGAACGACACCAGUGCAAGAUUUGUUUGGAGAAUGAUGUCAGUAUGACCUUUGUGCCCUGUGGUCACUUGGUUUCUUGUGACACAUGCUCGACUGACCUGAAAGAUUGUCCCAUGUGUCGUUGCAAGAUUGAAAGCACUUUACGAACAUUUAUUUCUUAAUAUUAUUUGUCACCUCAAAUUUCCAAAUGACUCUAUCAAAGAAAUGUCAUUAGUUGUUCAUGGAAGAAUUCAAGAGAAUUGAACCUAUUAGUUUGAUGAAAUGUACAUUUUAAUACAGAACCUAUUUCAGUCAUCAAUUUAGUUUUUGUACAGUAAGAAUGAAGACACAUUCCUUUCACGUAAUUUUGAUUUCUAUUGAUUUCAUCACAAUAACUGACUUAUGUAGUAAAAAUUUUUGGAUGAGGCUCCAACCAAGUCAUUUCUCGGUCAGAAGUAAACAUCAAGAACGAAGCCAGUGACUUGCCGGUUCACCUCUUGGCAUUGACCAACUAUGUGACCAACUAUAUGACCAACUAUGUGACCAACUAUAUGACAAUCUACUUUCUGCAUCUACUGUAGGAAUUGGUAUAGACCAAUCACCUCAUAAGCCCUGGUCCUUUUAGUUCGCUUUUAAAUGAUAAAAGAGGGGGGGGGGAGAGGUAUUAUUUGUGUAUUUACUUUUGUAUCUUAAGUGUUUUGUUUUUAUUUUACACUCACUCUGCGUCCUUCUUUGAAUCGUUGAGUGCACAAGGUGUUUGCCACUUGUGUUCACCUUUACAUAUAACUCAUCCAGCCAUUAUGGUGUUGUCUUUGAACAAUUGCCUAGAACUCUAUUUCCUCUUUCUGUCAAUGUUUCCAAGAUUUGGCAGUGUCUUCCUAACCGGAUCAUGUUUUUCAUAUAUCGAACUGUGAGCAAGCUUCUUACUUUGAUUUUUCAUGUUUGAAUUUUGUAAAGAUUAAUUUUUUGUGUAAUAUUUUAUUGAAAUACUUUGUUGUUGUUGUUGUUACUGUUGUUGCUGAUGUUGUUGUUGUUGUUACUGUUGUUGCUGAUGUUGUUCUUUCAAAGAGUUGAAGUUGAACAGGUUCGAAUGUGAAUGUGUGCAAAACGUUUCUAGAAAUAAUUCACUCGAAUAUAUGUUUUCAAAGUUUAUGAAUAUAAUCUCUCUAAUUAUUCAGUAGAAUGUAUCUUUUCAAAGUUUAUGAAUAUAAUCUCUCUCAUUAUUCACUAGAAUGUAUCUUUUCAAAGUUUAUGAAUAUAAUCUCUCUCAUUAUUCACUAGAAUGUAUGUUUUCAAAGUUUAUGAAUUUAAUCUCUCUAAUUAUUCACUAGAAUGUAUGUUUUCAAAGUUUAUGAAUUUAAUCUCUCUCAUUAUUCACUAGAAUGUAUGUUUUCAAAGUUUAUGAAUUUAAUCUCUCUAAUUAUUCACUAGAAUGUAUGUUUUCAAAGUUUGUGAAUUUAAUCUCUCUCAUUAUUCACUAUAAUGUAUGUUUUCAAAGUUUAUGAAUUUAAUCUCUCUAAUUAUUUACUAGAAUGUAUGUUUUCAAAGUUUAUGAAUUUAAUCUCUCUAAUUAUUCACUAGAAUGUAUGUUUUCAAAGUUUAUGAAUAUAAUCUCUCUCAUUAUUCACUAGAAUGUAUGUUUUCAAAGUUUAUGAAUUUAAUCUCUCUAAUUAUUCACUAGAAUGUAUGUUUUCAAAGUUUAUGAAUAUAAUCUCUCUCAUUAUUCACUAGAAUGUAUGUUUUCAAAGUUUAUGAAUUUAAUCUCUCUAAUUAUUCACUAGAAUGUAUGUUUUCAAAGUUUGUGAAUUUAAUCUCUCUAAUUAUUCACUAGAAUGUAUGUUUUCAAAGUUUAUGAAUAGAAUAUCUCUCAUUAUGUAGAUCUGCAUUGAUGGAGGGCUAAUACAAAUGUGCUGCUGUAUCUAUAAAAUAAACAUAGUGUACGUGUAAUGUACUAAUGUAUAUAUAUUUAUAGCUCCUCCUUCGUGAUCGAAGAUGAGCACAUUUCUCAAAUCCUAUUGAAGAUGAUUGCAGUCCAAACACUUUUUGAAAUCUAUCACGCCUCGUGCUGCUGAAACAUCAUUAGCAUCUCACUAUCACACAUCACAGUCCUAGAAGUCGAUGGACUGUACUGCUACACAUCAUCAGUCCUAGAAGUCGAUGGACUGUACUGCUACACAUCACAGUCCUAGAAGUCGAUGGACUGUACUGCUACACAUCAUCAGUCCUAGAAGUCGAUAGACUGUACUGCUUGUCAAUGACAGAAGUUAUUUGAAAAUUCGGAAACAGCUCAGGACAUUAAUAUGUGAGAACAAAAACAUAAUCAGCAAUAUCUUUGGUCCACACAUUCUUGCAAAAGUGCUACUGGAGUUGAUUGACAUUAUCUUUUUUGGAAUAGUUAGGCUACAUAUGCAAGUAACCAUGGUGCAGAGAAACUAUUCUCAGUAGACUGCUGGGACACAGACGAGAAUGGAACAAACAAGAUGAAACAUCUAAAACCAUAGCAACAUACCUAAAAUAAAUUAUCGAGAAAUAGAAUGUAUCAUCUAAGUGUGCUGCGUUCGCACUAGACAAUACCAAUGUAAAGAAAGAAAGAGUGAUUUGAAAUAAGCUUUGUAAAAAUCAUCUUAGGAUCGAAAUAAUCGAUUCCGUUUUAACUGUUCUGUAAUUAUAUUCUUUUUUUUUUUUUUGAAGAAACGUCUGUGAUCUAUAAUAUCAAAAAGUCUCCAAAGCAUUUAAUUAGGCCCAGUGGCGUCACUAGGGUGGGUGUCACCCUGUGUGGUCAGCUCAGGGUGUCACCCCCCUCUCCUUUAAAUUUUUGUUUCGUUUUUUUUUUGUUGAGCAGUAAUACAUCUAGUUUAUAAUUACCUGUGUUAUUUGAUUGUUGAACAUCUAUAAAAUGAGUGCCUUUUAAAUUUUGAAAUUGUUUAAUAGAAUUUAAUUAUAGUUCACUGGGUUUGUGUAGUCAUGUGAAACUCUGCACGCAUCAUUAAUCUUCGAAAUCGAAGAUAUUUCCAUUAAUGUAUAGUUCAAUUUUACAAAAAUGCAAGCAUAAGUAAAUUACACUGUUGUUGUUUUUUUCUGGAUUUCAAACUUGAAAACCUACCAUUAACCUAAUCAAAGUUAAUGUCUUUUCGUUAACGAUUUCAUUUUGAAUCAAUUUCCGUUGUGAAAGUGUCAUCUGUUCCUUUGUUUCAAACAUUUCUUAAUUUUAAUUUAAAAAUAAUUUUUCCCAUGAAGCCAAACAUAUGCAGAUGGUUACAAAUGGUUGAUGGCUUUGUUAAAUGAUUUAGAAAUAUUCUUUAAGGUCUUAGUGGCAUAUGAAUCAUGCACUAUCAAUGUUUUUUUUUUCUUCAAGAAUAAAUUUUGUUGCUUUUA